AUGUUAUAUUUCAUUUUACCCAUGGCUGCAGGAAACUGGUCAAGAAUAACUGAAUUUGUUCUCAUGAGCUUCUCUUCACUGCCUACUGAAAUACAGAUCAUUCUCUUCCUGGCAUUUCUAGCCAUCUACCUAAUCACUCUACUGGGAAACAGCCUCAUCAUUUUGGUGACACUGGCUGAUCCCAUGUUGCAAAGCCCAAUGUACUUCUUCCUCAGAAACCUGUCCUUCUUAGAGAUUGGCUUCAACCUGGUCAUUGUGCCUAAAAUGUUGGGAACCCUGAUUGCCCAGGACACAAGCAUCUCCUUCCUUGGCUGUGCCAUUCAGAUGUAUUUCUUCUUCUUGUUUGGAGUGGCUGAAUGCUUCCUCCUUGCCACCAUGGCCUAUGACCGCUAUGUAGCCAUCUGCAGUCCCUUGCAUUACCCAGUCAUCAUGAACCAAGAGACACUGGCCAAACUGGCUGCUGCCUCUUGGUUUCCAGGAUUCCCUGUAGCCACUGUGCAGACCACAUGGCUCUUCAGUUUUCCAUUCUGUGCCAACAACAAGGUGAACCACUUCUUUUGUGACAGCCCACCUGUGCUGAGGCUGGUCUGUGCAGAGACAGCAUGGUUUGAGGUCUAUGCCAUUGUAGGCACCAUUCUGGUCGUCAUGAUACCCUGCCUGCUGAUCCUAUGUUCCUACACUCGCAUUGCUGCUUCCAUCCUCAAGAUUCCAUCAGCUAAAGGGAAGCACAAAGCCUUCUCUACUUGCUCCUCACAUCUGCUUGUUGUCUCUCUUUUCUAUGUGUCUUUAAGCCUCACUUACUUUAGGCCUAAAUCAAAUAAUUCCCCUGAAAGCAAGAAGUUGCUGUCAUUGUCCUAUACUGUUGUGACUCCCAUGUUGAACCCUAUCAUCUAUAGCCUGAGGAAUAAUGAGGUGAAGAAUGCUCUCAGCAGGACCUUCAACAAGGCCCUGGGUCUCAGAAGCCACAUCACAUGA